AUUCGUUUCUGUGUCUUGAUUUUAGGUUAAGUUGUCAAGAUCAAGAUCCUGAGAAUUUAAAAUUUCAACAAUUUUUCUUUCCAUUUAUAUAUAUAUCAUAUAAUCUUUCAAGCAAGGAGAAAAUGAAUAAGAAGGUUUGAUUUGAAUUAAAUGUAGUUCGUGGAUUUACUCAUCAUAAGAAUAGACCCAAAUAGCAGAAUAUAAUACUCAUCAUACAUCAAAAAUAAAAUCUCAGAGGAAUUUUUGAGAAAAUUGCAAAAAUUUAAAAAUUUCCAACUCCUUGGUGUCAAAAUGGAUCAUAAAAAUGACUUCAACAAUAUCGAAUUAUUCCGAACCGAAAAUAAAUCCGGUGGUUUCAGUUCUAAACAAGAAUCAAUAAAUAAUUGGGGCAAAGUAUCCCCUAGUAAAAGUUAUUGUUCAUCAAGCUCUACAUCUACCGAGAAUGUGGUUUCCACUUUGGAGAGAGAUAAAGCAACGACUUCUAACGUAACUGUACUAAAUCGACCCGAUGAACCUCAAUUACUAGCUGGGGAAAAAAUUAUUGGGCAAUCGAGAGAUGUGACUUACCUUUGCCCAUAUUAUGGACCUGCUAGAGGAAUUCUUACAGUUACAAAUUACAAAUUGACUUUUUGCUCUGUUGAUAAAUCUCCAAGUGUUGAUGUACCUUUAGGUGUUGUCUCUAGGAUUGAGAAAGUGGGAGGAGCCUCUUCAAGAGGAGAGAAUGCUUAUGGUAUCGAAAUUUUCUGUAAAGAUAUGAGGAACUUACGCUUCGCACACAAACAAGAAAAUCAUUCUAGAAGAGAUAUAUUUGAGAAAUUACAGCAAUAUGCUUUUCCAAUAUCUCAUAAAUUGAAAUUAUUUGCAUUUGAUCACAAUGAAAAGUUCAGUGAAAAUGGAUGGACAGUGUAUGAACCAAUAGCAGAGUUGAAGAGAAUGGGUGUGAAUAAUGAUAUGUGGAAAAUCACUAAGAUCAAUGAACAUUAUGAGGUUUGCGAUAGUUAUCCUGCAGUUUGGGCAGUACCUACACAAGCAAUCGAUGAUGAUCUGAAAGCUUCAGCUUGUUUCAGGAGUCGAGGCCGUGUUCCUGUAUUGAGUUGGAUCCAUCCUGAAUCUCAGGCUACUAUAACUAGAUGUUCACAACCUUUAGUUGGUGUGAGUGGUAAAAGAUGUAGGGAAGAUGAAAGAUAUAUACAGCUUAUAAUGGAUGCAAAUGCUCAAUCCCACAAAAUAUUCAUAAUGGAUGCCAGACCUAGUGCAAAUGCAAUAGCCAAUAAAGCCAAGGGUGGUGGUUAUGAAUCUGAAGAUGCUUAUCAGAAUGCAGAACUGGUUUUCCUAGACAUUCACAAUAUACAUGUCAUGAGGGAAUCCUUGCGUAAACUCAAAGAACUCUGUUAUCCAAAUAUCGAUGAAUCCAAAUGGCUAUCUGGUAUUGAAUCUACCUACUGGUUGAAGCACAUUAAAUGCAUUUUAGCAGGUGCAGUUCGAAUUGCUGAUAAAGUGGAAAAUUUAAAAACUUCAGUUCUGGUCCAUUGUUCAGAUGGCUGGGAUAGGACAGCCCAGCUUACUGCCUUGGCUAUGCUUAUGCUGGAUCCUUAUUAUAGGACGUUGAAAGGAUUUGAGGUACUGAUUGAAAAAGAGUGGCUUUCCUUUGGACACAAAUUCCAACAAAGAAUUGGACACGGAGAUGAUCAUCACUCAGAUGCUGAUCGCUCACCAGUGUUUCUUCAAUUCAUCGAUUGUGUUUGGCAGAUAACACAGCAAUUUCCUAACGCUUUUCAAUUCAAUGAUUACUUCCUUAUCACUAUUUUAGAUCACCUUUAUUCUUGUAGAUUUGGAACUUUCUUAUGCAAUAGUGAAAGAGAAAGAGUUCAGGAGAGAUUGAAAGAGCAUACUGUAUCUCUUUGGUCAUACAUUAAUAGUCAGCUUGACUUAUACAAAAAUCCUUUGUAUUGGGCGAACAACCACCAGAACAUCCUCAUUCCAAUCGCUAGUAUUAGGCACAUUAAAUUGUGGAAAGCAUAUUAUUGCAGGUGGAAUCCUAGCAUGCGAACUCAGGAUCCAGUUUACCAUAGAAUUAGAGAAUUACUGUCAUAUAAGGAACAAUUAGAGAAUGGUGUUCUGAAUUAUCAGAAAGAACAGCAAUGCAGAGUUUUGAGGACUUCUGUUUCUCCUGCUUAAGUAUUUAUUUUGAACUAAGCAAAGUAACAAAUAACGUAACUUCUAAUUGAGAAUUAAUUUGAUUUUCCUCAAAAAAAUUUUGUUUUCAAAAAGUUUUAAUUUUUGUGUGGGAUGAACUUUUUUACACCAAAGAGUCUACAUUACGGAAUUCAAUUUUUAAGUAUUAAUUUUUUGAUAAAAAACAAGACGGACUAUUAUAUUAUCUGAACUGCCAAAACUUUUUGUGAAUACUGCAAGUGCUGUUGAGUUUUACUUUAUUUGCUCUUUGCUUCAUGUAACCUUCAUUUCAAACCCUAUUGUAAAUAUUUUCGUUAUGAUAACUGAAUAUUUUAUAUUAUUUAACGAAUAUUUGUGUUACUUCUCUAUCUUUAUCUUUUUUAUAUGGUUAAUUUUUUCAUAUUUUACGUUGCUAUAUUGUGUAAAAUAUAUUCAAAAAAUAUAAUU